AUGGGUGACAACAACGGUGCCACGGAAACUGGUCUAGGCCUGCCUUUUGGUGGUGACAUCUACAUUGGCUGUCACACCACACUGGCACGGGUUGGCAACAGGAGUCUACGUGCCUGUCCUCAUGAGGCCGUGAAAACAACCUUUUUGCGUCCACUGCAUACCAACGGUGAACGAAGCACAAUGGUUAAUCCACAGUCUCCAAUUUUAAAAGGGCUUAAGGAACUCCACUGCACUUUUACGGUCGAUGAACCUUCUGACACGGAUGUGUGA